ACAAACCCCGCACGUGAACGCGGCGUGGAGGUUCUUGAGCGAGCCGACGGUCUUUGUCACCUUUACCAGGCUUCAUUCAGCGCUGCAGAUAAGGAUAAGGGUACCAUACAUAUAUCUCACUUGUCCGAGCCUCUGCUGUCCAGAUUGCCGUCUCUCGCGGACGGACCCACUAGGUGAGCGAAGUCAUGAUGUGUAGCGUUGGCGGUACUGAGGUGGAUGUUGUAUGGUAUUUUAUCGGAUCUAGUGAACAAUGUCUCCUGCCCGCGAGUUAUCAGAGGUCCUUCCGGGGAGAAUUACACCGGUGGAGAUGGCAAACAUGCCAGCGAUACACUCCCCGAAGCUCUCAUGGGAUGGUAAAUAUGUCGUCUACUGCGUGGGUACCAAUUUCAGGGCGGGCGACCACUCCACUGUGGCCCUCUGGGUUGCGGACACAUCUGUGGAGAACAGCGCAAGGCAGAUCACAUCCGGAGAGAAGAACGACUAUGCGCCGUCGUUCCAUCCGAGCUCUAGAAUGAUCUACUUUCUUUCGGACCGACAGAAGGCUGGUGGACCUGCAAAGAUAUACCGCAUUUCAGUAGAUGCACAUUUGGAGGAGGGUCAGGGCAUAUCGAGCUACGAGGUAUCGCCUGAUGGGAACUCCAUCGCGUUUACAGCUACGAACAACAGCGACACGAAGGACUCACAGACGAAAGAAGUCUUCAAAAUAUGGAGGGAGAAGAGCGGCCUUGCGUCUCUUUAUGUUGCUGACUUGCGACACAGUGAUGAGACACCGCGCGUUCUAGUCAGCGCGGAUGCUCAUGUCAACUCGUUCUCAUGGAGUCCAGACGGCCGCGCCAUUCUGUAUCGCCUCUCUGAUUAUGCGGACGAAGAGGGCGACAUCGUCUUCCUGCAGAAUACGACGCCGAGCUGUGUCUUUUCCGCGCAGUCGCUCUGGCUGCGCACCGUGACAACGAGCACGCCGACGCAUGUCAGAUACGGUGAAGACGAUAACACGAUCAUGAUACUGGAUCUGCGGAAAGAUUCACAAUACGCCGUUGCUAUUGCUCGCGGGUUGGACACCGCCGUAGACGUGUUCGACGCCAACCACAAACCGAGAACCAUAUACACGACCCAGGACGACCAUAUCUCCGGCCUUGAUGUCAAGUCAGUCUCGGAGGGACAGUAUCGGUUCAUCGUCCUCCGUAGCUCUGCUGUGCGAGGGGAGCCACUCGAGGUUUGGUCUGGCACAGCGGACGCGAACACGAUCGGGAAGGCAACGCACAAGCUGUCCUCUCACAACACUUGGUUGGUACGGGAACGGAUGCCUGUGAGCCGUCCGUUUCACUGGACGAGUCCCGAUGGUCAAGAUGUGCAAGGCGUCAUCUCGCACCCCAGGGCGGCGGGCUUGAAAGCCAUGCCAACCGUUGUCGCAAUCCAUGGAGGACCCACGGAUCGCGACACUUUAGAUCUUACAUUCUACUUUUCGAACUGGCGCCUCUUCCUUGCAUCGCAGGGCUAUCUCGUCAUCUCGCCUAACUACCGCGGCAGUAUCGGGCGUGGUGACGCGUUCGUUAUGGCCGCAAACGGCGGCAUGGGAACAACGGAUUGGAUGGAUAUACAAAGCAUGAUUGACCAAAGUAUCGCCGAGGGAUUGUCAGAUCCUAGUAGAAUAUCCAUCGUUGGGUACAGUCAAGGUGGAUUCUUGACGGCCUGGGGUGUCUCUCGCCCGAACAACAUCUUCAAAGCCGGCGUCGACGGUGCAGGAGUCACCGAUUGGGGCAUGCUCGCGGCAACAUCUGAUGUACCUGACCUCGAGGCAGCUCUUGGUGGAGGUGCACCAUGGGCACCCGAAGGUACGCCUUACCUCCGGGGAAGUCCGAUACGUGACUGCAAGAAUGUCCACACUCCACUUCUCCUUCUACACGGGGAAGAGGACAAGAGAGUCCCCGUCACCCAAGCUAUCGCAUUCCUGCGGGGGAUAGAAAGAGUUGGUCAAACGAGGUCAAAACCGAAUUUGGUAUUGUACCCGCGGGAGGAUCACGUUUUCCAAGAACGUGCGCAUGCCGAAGACCUCUUCCAACGUUUGGCAGAGCAUCUUCAUUUUUUUCUCUAGUCAGUGGUUACUGGAUAUGAUAUUACUGGGUACCUAUGUACAGCGAGAGUCCA